AUGACGAGUAGCGGAAACAAUUUUAACAAUGCACCAGGACUCAUCCAUCGUCACAUCUUCGGACUCAAGGGAACUGUGCACAACAAUGUUGCAUUCGCUGAGGAAAGCGUACUCGUCUAUCCGUGCGGUCAUAAUGUCAUCAUUCACAACGUUGAAUCUAAGGAGCAACAAUUCAUACAUGGUGUUGAGACAACAGGACGAGGCAUCACGGCACUUGCUAUAACACCUAAUAAACGUUACGUGGCCGUUGCGGAGCAAGCAGAGUGCGCUGUUGUGUACAUACAUGAUCUAACUACGUUACGGCGUCGUAGGACGUUGACGCUUAAUGAUGGACUUGCUGACACUUGCGUGUGGGUGGCUUUUUCAGGAGAUAGUAAGUACUGCAUGACGCUGGGAGGUGCACCGGAUUGGGUACUUUCGGUUUGGCUUUGGGAAAAGACCAAGCUGAUUGCAAGCACGAAAGCCUCGACUCCACAAGGAAAUGCCGUACACCAAGCAGACUAUUGUCCAAAUGAUCCUUUAACGAUUUGUGUUAGUGGAGCCGGAAUACUUAAGUUUCUUCGCCUAUCAGAGGGUCAGCUUAAGCUGCAGGCGACACCAUUGAAGCGGGAACCUGCACACUUUUUGCGCCAUGCGUGGGUUUCCGAUGACCGUGUCGUCGCUGCCGCAGAUACAGGCGAUUUGUGGCUAUUCGAACAGUUUGAGUUUCGACAAAUCUUACCACAAACCGCCAAUGUGACUAGCGAUGGCAGCUUUGUGAACUCGCUGUUAGGUUACGCGAAAGGCUUUGUAUGUGGCGGAUCAGGAGGCUGUGUUCGUAUUUACGACAGAAAUGAUGACGGAGGACCAAAAGAAUACUAUAAAAAGGCAAAAACCUUUCGUAUCGAAGGCGAAACUAGCACUAUUCAGAAUUUAGCGAUAAGUCCAAGUGAAGAUGUGCUUGUGUGCUCGCUCGAGAACAAUCAGCUAUACACGCUUACACUCUCUAGUACCGAUAUUCUUAAAGAAGAUGCUAUGAAUUUUGAGCAUGUUUCAACAGCUUUUCAUGCUCCAAGCAGUAAUGGACGCUGUCAAAUCACCGGACUUGAUACUUGCAUUCGGAAGCCAUUGAUUGUCACAUGUGCACUUGAUCGAUCAGUGCGAGUGUGGAAUUAUCUUGAUAAGUCCACUGAUAUCUCGAAGGUUUUCCGAGAAGAUCCACUGAGUGUGGCCUUUCAUCCAUCUGGCUUGUUUGUUGUUGUGGGGUUCACUGAUAGACUUCGAAUGUUGAAUGUUCUCAUGGAUGAUAUUCGCUCUUGUCGCGAGUUUCCAAUAAAAGGCUGUUGUGAGCUGCGCUUCUCGAAUGGGGGGCAAUUUUUCGCUGCUGCGAACCAUAACAUCGUCCACGUGUAUGUUACGUAUACUGGCGAGCUAAUCGCCGUGUUACGUGGGCAUUCGAAUCGCGUCACAGCCGUUUCAUGGAAAUUAGACGAUCGACAGCUGCUGACAUGUGGUGCCGAUGGUACAGUGUUUCUCUGGAGCCUUCGUACAGCAUCAAAAGUACAUGAGGGUCACUCGCAAGCACGUUGCGCGUACAUUGAUGCCGCGUUAUCCCCUGAUGGAGCUGUGGCAUAUGUUACAGGCUCGGACAAUAUGUUGAAGGAACUUGAUAUGGCAAUGGGUACAACACGAAAUGAGCUCUGGGUUGGCAGCGGUGGAAUAACUUUAGGCCCAUUAGCCCUUGCAACCUCUCAGCAAGUUCUAUUUGUUGGUUCUGCUGUACCUGGUAGCCCUGGUAUGGUGAGGCUAUAUCGUUUGCCUCUUGAAAAAGAUCGUUUGCUACAAAACGCAACAUCCGUAGGCGGUGCCAGACCAGCACCGACGUCCUCAAAGUCGAUUGGGUCUUCAGGUCAAAACGGAUCGAUGGUACCGUCUGCGCCUUCAGGCGCUGGCACUGCAAUUUGGCCAUAUAGUGAGUACCAUUGCCAUGACCUCCCUGUAUCACGACUUCGACUGUCAUACGACAAUCAGUUCCUCUUCUCAGCUGGUGAGGAUGGAUCUUUAUGCAUCUUCGAAACUCAAAAUGUCAUUGGAAAAGCAAGUAGCACUGGAAAUAGCAGUAAUGCAGGAGGUUCUGGACCGAUCGGCUUAAGAGAUGGUCGAAGUGAUAGUAUGAUGCUGGGUGGGAGCAUCAACAGUGCGAGUGGCUCGGGUUUGCCAUUUGCAGAGGAAAUUUUGGUCACAAAAUCAGAUCUUGAGGAUAAGAAUCGUCUCAUGAAUGAACUUAAAGCUAAAGUAGAUGAGUUAACUCUGCAUAAUGAGUAUCAACUUCGAUUGAAGGACCUUAACUAUAAGGAAAAGAUCAAGGAAGUAUCCGACAAAUUUACAGCUGAGCUCACGCAAGAUCGUCAACGCUGCACCGACAUGGAAAUCGAAAAGACUGAGAUGGAAAACGAGUACGAGAAGAAGAUGCGUGAAAUGGUUGUAAGCUACCGAGAUGAGAUGCAAGAGAUGAAAACCACGUAUGAUAAUAAAGUGGAGGCUGAGAAAACACGUUACAUAGCACUGGAGCAGGCACGUAACGAGCAGAAUACACGAUUUGAAGAAGAAAAUCACUUACUCGUGGAGAGUCAUACGCAUUUUCUUGCAGAAAUGACAACCGAAUACGAUCGAAAAGUAGCUCAUGAGCAGGAACUGCAGGCGGCAUGUGAGAAGAUAAAAGAAGAACUAAUUGCAACAAACGAAGCGCUUAAGCACUCUAUCGAAGAGGAUGCUGACCUCGAAAUAGAAGAGCUGAAAUCCAAGUACGAGCUCAAGCUUUCUGACGAGCGCGAGGCAACAUUGCUUCUCAAGGGUGAAAACGGGAUCAUGAAGAAAAAAUUCUCAGCGUUGCAAAAAGACAUUGAAGAUCAGCGCGAGGAGAUCCGUUCCUUGGAAGAAAAGGGAAAGGAGUUGAGAGAGAAUAUACGUGGCCUUGAAAAGGAUAUACAAGGCCAUAAAAAGGAGAUUCGCGAGCGUGAGGAAACUAUACAAGACAAAGAAAAACGAAUUUACGACCUCAAAAAGAAAAACCAGGAACUGGAAAAAUUUAAAUUUGUACUAGACUACAAGAUUAAGGAGCUAAAGCGCCAGAUUGAGCCGCGCGAACAAGAAAUUGCCAAUUUGAAAACACAAAUUGAAGAGAUGGACGCCGAGCUGGAGCAGUACCACAGGAGCAAUGCUGCCCUUGAUCUAAUGAUUGGCGAGCUCCGUCUUAAAAUUGACGGUAUGCAGAAAGAAGUUGACAUGCAAGCGGCACAGGUGGCUGUCGGAAAGUCAUUAAUCCAACAGGUGCAGACAGAUUUGCUAGGUUGUGCACAACUUCUUGAUAACAAGAAAGAGCUGAAGAUUGCCGUCAUGGCACUUAACAAAAAAUAUGAAGAUGGUGUCACACCUGAUGCUAAGGUUCCUAAUUCACAGGCCGAGUACAAUCGUCAGCGUGAUUAUCUUGAAAGGGAGGUCGAGUCGCUAAAACGAAGAAUAAUAAAAGGCAUGACUCUCAGCGAAAGCGAGCUGCAUCGAUUACAGCGAGAAAAUGCCAAACUUACAAUACAGGUAAAUGAAUUGCGGCGCGAGUUUCACAAUGUGCGUAUGCAUACUCAGGAAAUAGGCGGUUCUAAGCUCAAGUCCUCGGUCUCAAUCUCCACUAACCCAUUGAGCAAAACAGUGUCCGUGAGCAGCGAGGCAUCACGUGACCGCAAAGAUAAAAUGCACGAGGCAAAGAUCCAAAGAAAACGCAUAAAGCAACUCAAGAUUCGUCUCGGUGAGUUGCAAAAGUCUUUAGGCGGUGCUGUCAAUUUUGGACUGUCCGGAUCCAACAACUACAAGCAACAGCAGCAACAGUACACGAAAAGCACUUCUACUCGAGAAGCACUUCACCUUCCGCCUGUGUAG